AUGUCAUCAACCACCGCGGAGACCACGAGCGUGCUGCCAGCGCUCUAUGCUUCUGGCAACCACUCUGACCUGAUCGUCCGCGCGUGUGAUGGCAGAGAGUUCCGAGUCCACAAAUGUAUCGUGUCCAGCAAGUCGGGCUUUUUCGAAGGCGCUUGCCGCGGUGGCUUCAAGGAAGCACAAGCUGGGGUGGUCGAGGUGGAGGAAGAUGGCGAAGUCAUGGAUGCUUUGUUCCGACACAUCUACGAAAAUCCACUGGAGUGGGCGCCCUUAGCGGCCGAUAGCUUCGAGAUCCUGAGAAGCAAGGCAACGACGGAGACCUUUGGCCUUGCGAGGAAACUCCGUGCUGCAUCAGACAAGUAUCUCGUCACUGGACUGAAGCGACCUACGGAGCUGGCUAUGGUCAACCGCUUGGGUCGACUGCCGAUCGAGGAGAAUGUGGCCUUCACCAAGCUAUACAUUGCGUGCUUCAGUCAUGACGCUGACGUAGGCAUUCUCGUCCGCCACUCCGCUUUAUCGAACAUGUGCCUCAGGUUCAAGCGGGUGCUCGAGGAUGCGGAGGCAUGGUCUCUUUUAGGGCCGCUUACCGAGCUUGUACAGCUGACCGUAAUUUGCGCUAUACAACGAAGCGAGUACGAUGCCAUAGCGGAGGGCACUGCGGCAAAGAAUUUGAAAGGCCUUGCCGUGAGCAAGACGUAUCGCCGCUAUGCGGACCUAGACCGCGUCUGGCCGGUACCAGAAGCUGUCUUCCAGGAGGCCAUUAGUUCAUUCAACGCUAUCAGGGAUGAGCUGACAAGGGUUGAAUAUAACUAG